UACCUUUAACUUGGGAAGAGUGUGAUUCACUGUGGAGUGUUAGGAUUAUCCUCGAUUAUUUACUGGGAAGAACCAUCGUACGUAGACUUUUUUGGUCACGUAUACUUGACAACAAAAAGACAGGUUUUGGGCUUCGGGUACUGAAAAAAGUUCAGGAUUUAACACUAGAACAAGCUGAUGAUUUUGGAUGGACUCCUCUUCACUAUGCCGCACAUAUUGGCAACGAGGAGCUUGUUGAACAAUUUUUGAAGAAAGGUAGGAAGAGCCUUCCUUUUGCUAGGAAUAAAGAAGGUAUGUCUGCCCUUCACAUUGCAGCAAAGAAAGGACAUAAUGCUGUCAUUAAAGCGCUGAUGGAAAGUUGCCCAGAAGUUUGUGAGUUGUUGGAUAACAACGGUCAGACAGCUCUUCAUAUUGCGGUGGAAAGUAGAAAGGAAAUGGCGGUGAAAUUUUUCCUAAAACAGGCCAUGGCAUUUCAGGAUCUUAUAAACCUGAAAGAUAAUAAAGGAAAUACAGCUUUGCAUGUAGCCGCUACUGUAGGAGAUUUUCAAAUUUUAAGAAUUCUUACAAAAGACUCAAGAAUUGACAAAGGAGCCACAAACAAGGACAAAAAGACAUUUGUUGACAUAAUCCUAUCAAACAAAGAGCUAGAGGAUACUGAAAUUUUGAAGAUCAUGUUGGGUUUGGAGAUAGAAGUUGUUUUACCACCACGUUCUGAACAGAAGGUGGAUACAACAAAAACAAAUGAAGCAGAGAGUAAGGAAAAGAAAAAAGAUGAAAUACAAGUUGAAGGAAACGAAGAAAGCACUAGGAAACAACUUAAAAGGAUGGUAAUGGUAUCAACAGGCAAGAAGAAGCCAUAUAAAAAUGAAGGAGGAUUUGGAAAUAUGAUGAACGAUUUCUCCAACCUCAAUUUACUGGUAGCAACAAUCAUAGCUACCGCCACUUUUGCGGCUGCUUUCGCAAUGCCCGGUGGUUACAACGACCAAGGGCUACCAGUUCUCCAUGGAAGUAGAGAAUUCAAAAAGUUUCUAUUUUAUGAUCAAUUUGCAUUUGUUCUAUCUACUACGUCCUUGUUUCUCCACUUUUUUCUCACGCUAUUUGGAAAAAUAUUCGCAGUCACUUUAUUCCCAGUUGCUUGGACAGCAUAUCUUACGAUGGUCUCACUUUUCAUGAUGGUUUUUGCCUUCGACCAAGGUAUAAAGACAGUCAUCCCCAGAAUACAAAACCACAACAUCUUCAAGGGAGACUAUUAUAUUACUGGCUAUGGUAUUCCCAUCUUGCUUAUUUGCUUCUUCAACUUUGUUAUUUUACCUUCUCUAUUGCUGGCCAAGUUAUACGCAACAGCUAGAAGACUUGAGCCUCGCAACAGCGUCAGAAGUCGUUUUGGACUCUGGAGUUGAAACAUUAUAUUUGAAUUCAAAUUGCAUGUCAAUGAUGGAUCUCCCUAUGUAUUGUAUUAGUUGUGCUGGAUAUUGUUAAGUACUUCCAAUGAACUCCUCUAUUAGUUUUAUGAUA